AUGCACUCACAAGGCCAUGUUAUACACACAGACCUCAAGCUCGAUAAUAUCAUGGUCACCUUUGAGGACCAGUCGACCAUCGAAGCCUUCGUCCAGGCACAAGCCACUCAUCCCAUGGCCCGCAAACACAUCGGCGAUCGUACGUACAGCGCCGACAUGUGGAAUUUUGGUGCAAUGAUCUGGGAGCUCUUGACCGGAUCUUCUCUAUUCCGACAGCCAAGGACGGAACCGUACUCGCCGGCCCAGCACAUUGCGGAUAUGAUAACCCUCAUCGGGCAAACACCCCCGUUGCUGAUCCAGCGGGAGAGAGACAUGCGGCAUUGGCGAUGGUCCCCUGCGAUCUUAAAUCCAGAGGGAAGACUCGUUAAUAACGUCGCUGAGUUUUAUGGCGGCCCAUUCUUCUCCGAUGAUGUCAUGCACAAGGAAGCCUGCCUGAACAACAUGACUCCCCUAGCCCAAGGACACUAUGCAGGCUUAACUUAG